GUUUUUAAAUGUUUGUUAACAAUUUAAUAAAGGUUAAAGCUUACAAACUUUUUAUUCCCAUAAGUUAAUUAUAUAUAGCACAACAUAUACAAACUAAAAAAUAAAAAAAAAAUUAGAUUUGUGAAAAAGUAGAAAAAUUAAUUUUGUGUUUCAGUAGUGACAGAUAUUUAUCAAGAAAAGUGAUUAGCAAAAGGAAAAAAAAUAUUUUGUCUUUUUUUAUAAUAGAAAUAUUUCAUAUAUUUAUAUAUUUUUUAUAUCCGGAAAGAUGUGAAAACUGUUUACUAUAAGAGCCUGUUUGAUCAGAAUCAAAAUGUAAUUGAAGGUUUUUAAUUUUGAAAUGCGAUUGACUCCUAACUUAUUUUUUUAAAUAUUUGGUAACUUAAAAAAAAAAUUAAAAAUAAUGAAAAAGAUUUAACAACGCCCUACUUAAUCUAUGAUUGUUUCCUUUUGGGAGUUCUAACGGUUACUUGAAGCUGGUGGAUUAUAAUUGUUUAUUUACAUCAUGGAAUCCGACUUGAGUACUCUUUGCACUGAGCUGGAUAAUAUUUUCCUUGAGUGCCCUACUGACAAGUCAGGUUGUGCAGAAGUGCAGUGUCUUAUUGAUGCUUUUGUUAAUAAAUAUGGGAGUGAUAAACCUCAGCUUAGAAGUAUCAUAUCCGAGAAACUGGAUGCGCAGGGAUUCAAUCCCUCCAUUUCGAGGAGUUGUUUCAAACGUAUGAUAAUGGAAUGGAUUGUCUCCUUUAAUCCUGAUGUCCCUGUCGCUCACUACACAGAAAGCUCUACUACUGUUGAUAGAGAUGUGUUCGAGUAUGAUGCUAGUUCCUAUGCGCACUCCACACCACUCGGUAGGUUCAACCAGAGGGCCAGGAAAAUACCGCAAAAAAAGCUGUCGUACUCUCCAGCUUUAGGUUUUAUGUCAGAAACAUCAAUAGAAAACCAAGUUUCACCUUGUCAUGAGGAAUUAAGAUCUUUUAGAACUGCCACCAAAGCUCAUAACUCAUCUUUGGAAAAUAGUUUGGUAAAAGCCGAGCAAAAGAUAUUCGCUCUUGAAGAAGAGCUGAAGAAGCUUAAAGUUCACUCUAGGAAAGAUAGCGAAAGGUUAAGGGAAGAAAUUAAUCAGUAUAAACAUUUUGAAAAAUUGUAUGCUGGUAGCGUGAACAAAAUAGAAAAAUACGCAGAAACAUUAAAUAACUUAACGAAAGAAUACAAUAGAUUAAAAAAUUCUAAAGAAGAUCUGUUCAAAGAAUAUUCUAAUUUGGAAAUUGAACAUCAUAGAUUGCAGAAUGAAAUCGAUGCUAAAAAUAUUUCAAUUAGAGCUCUUGAAACUUGGAAACGAGUUCAAACUGAAGAAUUAGUGGUUUUGAAUGAUUCAAAAAGCCUAUUAGAAAGUGAAGUUUAUAAGCUCAAGGAUGACUUAAAGAGUCGUAGUGAAAAUGAAGAAUCAUUAUUGAUGAGGAUAGGGGAGUUGCAAUCUGAAAAACAAAAGCUUCAAACCGAACUAAAUGAAGUAAUGAACGUUGAAAAUCUGAAACUGGUGACAUCAUCUCCGUUUGGGAAAUCUCUUUCCCAUGAAGAUCAAUACUCGGAUAGGAGUGAAGAAAACAGAGAAUCUGGAAUUUCAGUGAGAUCGGAGUUGAUAGAUUCUUUGGGGUUUUCUUCGUGUAUUGAUGAAACACUUCAUCUACCUUAUUUGAGUGUCUUAAAUAGAACUGACAUUGUAUCAUUCGCAUGCGGUGCUACAGCAAUGGACUUACUGGGUGAAAGAUCUCAAAGUAUUGACCAAGAAAUACAGACUGAACAAAUCACAGAGAACAGGUUGGAGUUAAUUGAAAAAGAGAUGCAGACAGAGAUAAUAGAUGAAAAACCAAGAGUUCUGCAAAUUGAAAAAGAGAUUCAAACUGAUCCAAUCUGUGAAACAAGGGUACCAACAUUUGACAAAGAGAUGCAGACAGAUGUAAUCAGGACAAGAAGGUUUAACCAAAAUGAUAAAGGUGUACAGAUAGAAUUAAUUAAGGAGAAAAGUUCGAAGCAAACUCAAAAGGGAGUACAGACAGACCAAAUAAUAGAAACAAGAAUUUUGAAAGUUGAAAAGGACAGUCAGACUGAAGUAGUUUGUGAAACAAGAAUGGAAAUUGACGACUCUCUCGAGGAAUUUCAUCGGUCGAUUGCCAGUUUUGCGCAUCGUGGAAGGACAGGAUAUGACGGCUAUGAUCUAACUUCUGACAAUAAUGGAAGGCCGAAUAGUGCUUCCUCAUUUAAUAUUGACAACGAAUCAAUAUGUAGUAGCAGUUCUGAAAGAAGCCUUCCAGCAUAUGAAAUUAUGCCUGUUCUAAGGAAGCCAAACAUGAGUACUCCACGAUUAAGGAUAAGAAGAUUGGAAUCCAGGAGGUUGUCAUGUUUGGAUGUUUAUAACAAGCCUUUAACCAUUUGUAGAUCCAACACUUAUCAAAAGAUGACGUUCACUCAAAGACUAUCUACUGUGGUUGCUGGAAUGUUUUCCAUCCUGGCACCUGGUUUAAGGAUCUGCAUGAAGACUUUAGUAUGGCUUGUUACCGCCUCGAUGCUGUUCUUCACGAUGGUGAUAUUGAUAUUGAUUGUGUCGUGGAAACACGAUGGGAUUCCUCGACAAUAUUUUUGGCCGUACAUUGUCCUCAAGUAUCCCAAAGGUCCACCGCCUGUGUAGUCAACGAAACAUAUUGACUGGAUAUAUAAAUAUUCUAUUUUUAUGUGAGUUUAUUUAUUAUAUUAUUUUGUUGUUUCAUGUUUUGUUUUUUAAAUAAUUAAAUUAGUAAAAUAUAAUGUUAAUUGACUACAAUUCAACAUGGAAAUUUUAAAUUCAAUUUCCAUUGACCGUACAGUUCUAGUCAUUGAUCUAUUUUUGUUUAACUUAUCUGUUAUUUAUGUUUGUAUGUUAUAAUUAUUUAUUUUUUAAUGUUAAAAAACUAAAUUAAAUUUAUAUAUUUGUAUUUAUUGAAAAAGGUGUAAAUGAAUAUCAUUUCCUGAUGAAAUCAGC